UGAUGGGAGCAUCCGUCUUGGUCAGCACUGGCGGGGGCGGGGGUGGGGGGGAACCAUCCUCUGAACACAUUCUUGAUCCUCCCAGAGCUGACUUCCGAACCAGGGGUGAGGGUGACAGCAGGUGUUUCUCCUGGGGAUCCCUCACUCUCCCCAGCUCCACUUCCUGACUCAUCCCACCUUUGGGGACAAGGAAAGCCCAGAGGGCCCCAGCUCCCUCCUCUGUACGGUGGCCUGCCCCAGCAGCUGAGUGGGCCUCCCAGGGGCACCAUGGCAUGAAAAGCCAGCGCCCAGCCCCCUCCUGCCCUAUGUGGUGGCGGGCUUAGGGGCCUGGGGACUGGUGAGGCGUGCAGGCCCCACGUUCUUGAACUUGGGGCAAACUCCAGUGAGCCACUGCCUCUGUCACCCCAGGAUUCGUGGUGUCCAUCUAGAGAGGUUAAAAGGGGACCUUCCCAGUGUGCGGGGUUUAUGUGACCAGGCCUGUCCGCCGUCUGCACAGUGCCUGGGGACACGUGAUGACGUUACCAUGGAGAACUUCAAAAACUCCACGGAGAACUGGAACAAAAACUUUAUUUUGGUUGCAGAAAGCCUUGCAGUGCCACGCACUCCCGUGGGGUUUUUGAAGCCUCCUCGGGCAGUGGGCUGGACAUGCAGAUGUCUGAACGUGAGGACACGGGGAGGGAGCGGGGGGUGCGAGCCAGCGUCGGGCCGGCCCUUGCAGGUGCAGAGCUACAUGGAGCACUACUGUUACAACGCCACGGACCGGCGGAUCCUGCUCAUGUUCCUGGACAUCUGCUCGGAGCUGAACAAGCUCUGCCAGCACUUUGAGGCCCUGCACUCUGGCACCCCGGUCACCAACAACCUCCUCGAGAAGUGCAAAACCCUGGUCAGCCAGAGCAACGACCUGAGCAGCCUCAGGGCCAAGUACCCACACGACGUGGUGAACCACCUGAGCUGUGACGAGGCCAGGAACCACUACGGGGGUGUCGUCAGCCUCAUCCCCAUCGUCCUGGACUUAAUGAAAGAGUGGAUCGCCCACUCGGAGAAGCUGCCCCGCAAAGUGCUGCAGCACGUGAGUGAGCCCCCCGCACGCCAGCAGGCCACCAGGGGAGCCGCUCGUCCUGCCCAGGCCACGGGCACCCAGCUCUGGUUCAGAAAACUCAAGUGUAGGCAACUGGCCCAAGACAGCCUCAAAACCAGGGGGGAAGGCCAAGGCGUCUCAAAGCCCCCCUGGCGACCACCUGGUGGGAAGCUGUAAGUCGAGCCGGGGGCCUGCUCCAGCCGUGGGUGCUCUGUGAAUUAACCUGCUCUCCUUCCACCCACGGGCCCUGCCACUCACCCCCAAGGGGCCAGCACCUUACAGAGAACCUCUCCCCUCCUCUGAGAGGGAGGCUUGGUGCUGACGAAGAGGAUCCCCACUGAACACACUGCAGGCAUUGCCCCGGCCGCGCCGUGGGUGGAGGGUGUCCCAGGAAGGCUGCUGAAGAAGGCACAGAGCCCCAGGGCCUCUGGGAGCCGCAUCCUCCACCCACCAGGCGGUGGGCUGCAGCUUCCCCCUGGAGCCGUCACCCUGGAGACCCCCUAGUCCCUUGCACCCAGCAGCCACAGCCGCGGGCAAGGCUCAGGCUCUCCCUGCCAGGUGGGCCGCUCCCGCCUCUGGCACGCCGUGCGGGGCCACGUGUGUGUCUGGUUCCCUGGGCCAACGUGAAGGGGAUGAGCCCACCUUUCCCGCUGCUUUCCUGGGAGAGGGAGACCACGACGGAAGCCAGGGCUCCGAGCUGUGGCUCCUGGGCGAGAGCUGGUCUCCACAGUAUAACCGAGACCCAAACACGGCGACGCGUCCCUGGCCCCCGACCCUGCCAGGCGGGGCUGACUGUUGGUUUUUCCCUUCACAGGGGACGACUUAGCUUCUAUAUUGUUGCUUCCUCGGGGGGAGACAGUCAAGAAUAAAAAGUGUUGUACCAC